AUGUCGAAUCGACCAUCAAUAGAAUUGCCGGCGUCGACGAAGAGAGACAGCUUGAUGCCCGGGGGAAAUGAUCAACCAAGAAAGGGAUCUUUUUUGGGACCAAAGGCAUCAUUCUCCGAGGAUGGGAAAGGUCAACUGAAAACUUUACUCCAAAGUCGACCACCAUGCAAGACGAGAGCCAUGAAUCCAUUGGGACAGCUUGUUUUGUGCAUUUUCGGAUGCGCCGUUUCGUUGGCGAUUUGUCUUUGGUUAGCCUUCUUUUCAGGCGAGCACUUAUUCUGGAAGCGAUUGCUUUUCUCGUCUGGUGCCGCCGUUUGCUCGUUGAUGUUCGCCCUGUUGGCCUACACAAGCAAACGUCGAAUCGAUAAUCCCCCGGAGCCAGAGCCGCUUCCCGAUUUGUCACAGAGACGAUCGACAAUCGGUGGAAGGAGUAGCAAGAAAUCGAUAGCCCAGCCAUCAACCUCUGAUCAUCCAGCACCCACGCAGGUUCUAAUCGUCAACAACAAGGAC